ACUUGCUUGGAUUGAAUUGCCUUUACCAUUUCACUGCCUCUUUGAAGAGAUCAUUUUGAACCCAUUUAUUCCUACUCUUUGCUUCCUGUUUCUUAACAGUUACUAAUCCACAAGAUGACCUCUCUUCCUAUUCUACUAAGCUUACCGGGAAGCUUUUGGCGUGGUGUGAUUUACUCACUAGGUCAGAAGAUGAAUUGCAAUGGAGAUUAAAAAGUGUGCAUAGAUUUAAGGUAAGUAAUUAGAAUGAUUUAAAAAUCAAACCACAGACCAAACCGGUUUUUAAUGCUAUUCUUUUCAUGGAUUAUGAAGCAUUCUCACUUGUAUGGUCCCCAUUUUCAGCUGUGAAUUUCAUCUCUGUGCAGCAGUUGGAAAAAUGCACUUCAGUUCGUCAAUGCAAGAAAAACCCGCUAGGUACAAUCAUUUGAACAGAGUACAAGAUGCAAAUAUGUAGAUUAGGGUGAUGACUUUUUACAACCUCAUUUCCCUGUAUCAUAAUUUGAUGAGCUUUCAUUAAAGAUUAGAUAAAAGCUUACUUUCAAAGAGAUUUGAUAAAAAAACCUCACACACAAAAUGAUUUAAAUUUUUUUAUCAGUUUUUUGACCAUUUUUGAAGUCACUGUAAGCAGAUAUAAAAUUGAACCCAAGCUUUAGAGUAACAUAUAUACAACAUUAUAUAGGGUCAUCAAACACACAAGGAAGCUUUGUUUUAGCUGCAGUAACAGUAUAGAUGCCGCUAGAGGACGAUGUUUUGCUACCUCUCCUGUAGGUUCUUUUCCCAGCAUGCCCGGCAGGGUCUGCUGGCUGAGUUUUGAGGUCCCUAAAAGGGGCUUUUACCUUGUGCAGGUGUGACAUUUGUAUACCCUAUGUUGCUAAGAACACUCCCCAAUGUGGAAUGUGGUGUUGUGUCCAAAUUUGAUACGAAAUAUAUAUAGAAUUGUUAAUACAAUUUUAUGAAAUGGUAAAACGGCAUUAAAAAAAACGGUUUGUACGUAACCUUUUUUAUUAUUUCAAUGGAAUAUACCUCAUUUUAGUCAUAAAUAGGCAAAAGUUCAUCCAUUUGUGCUACAGGAAAUAAUUUUUGAGAAAAAAAUAUGAAAAAGUCAUCACCCUAUUGUAGAUUUGUGAAGUUACAGAAAGUGGCUUCCCAUAAGUUAAUUCUGCGAUAUAGGUAAAAACAAAAACAAAAACACCCUAUUCACACCAUUUCAGUCUUGGGACCAUUAAUCUAAUAUAGUUAAUGCCCUAAGAUGUGCAGAUAUGCAGAAAAAGAAAAAAAGGAUCACCUCAAAUCAUUGUGACAUCAGGUGAUUGAAAGAUUCCAACCUGCUAAUCAGAUCCACUUCCUCCCACUGCUCUACACUGACUGGCAGAAGUUCUCCAGGGUUCCCAAAGUGUCUCUUUCCUAGGAGAUACUACAGGCAGAACAUGGAACCUCCUCGGGGUGAAGCAAGUGCUCUACUACUGAGCUAAGGUUCACUGAGGACAGUAGUUUAAUACAUGCUGAGAAUUUGCAUUCCAGCAACUAGGGGCAUACAUCAAUGCCGGUAUUGAAAGUCACUUCCAAUUGUGCUUGGUCUCAAGGUGCCAGCCUUUCAGUAAUUGUGACAUACCAGGUUGCUUUCAGGAUGCAGAUUUACUGUUUUGUAACACUUGAAUGAAGAGCUGGUCACCUUGUGUUAUGGGCCGUGGGGGUGGCAUUCAAUACAAACGAGAACGCUUCACAAUCUAUGGAUUAAAAAAGCCUUUAAAAACCAUUGAAUUCUGGUGUGAUUUUUAAAUCAUUCUAACUGCUUACCUUAUGAAACUUCUUUUGUGAAUGUAUGCACUCUUUUCAAUCUCCAUUGCAAUUCAUCUUCUGACCUAGUUAGGCUCUGAGAUGGGCUGCAGGGAAGCCCCAAAAUCUGCCUCAUAAAUUUAUUUUGUAGGACGUCUAUUUCAGAUUUGACACCAAUUCUCAGCCCCAGAGCAUUUGGGCGAUGAUUUUUGAGACAAAAAUAUUGAAAGCUAGGUUGAUUAACUGUCCGCCCUUUGAAUGGAAUAACAUACAGUAUAUAGCUGCCCAGUAGAACAGCCAGAUAUUAGCUUAAUUGCUUCUGUGAUGACUUCCCAUCAAUAAGUUAUCCUAGAUAUUUAAAUCUGGGUACUUGCUCAAGGGUGUCAUCGUCUAGAGUCCACCUGUACUUGGUAGGCCUCUUGCCAAAUACAGUCACCUUGGUUUUAUCAUAGUUAAUUUUUAGAUGCUUUUUUUUUACACGGCUGUCUAACUUUAACCAGCAUCCUUCUAAAUCCGAUUUUAUUCUGGGAAAGCAAAACCAAGUCAUUGGCGAAGAGCAGAACUGGCACUUUACGAUUCCUGAGGUCGGGGGCAAAGAAGGAUGGGGAUGCCAUAUCAGGAAUGAGAUUAUUUAUAUAGUAAUUAAAUGGGAAGGGUGCCAGUAUACAACCUUGCUUGAAACCUCUGUUAAUUGCAAUUGCCUGCGGGUCCCUCGAUGUGGUUGUUUGAUGAUCCAGAGAAGUCUUUUAUUGGUAUUUAAAUGGGCCAAUUUGUUCCACAGCUGUUCCCUGCCUAAUAAAUCAAAGGCUGAGGAGAAGUCAACGAAUGCAGCAUAGACAGUCUUAUGUGGGUUUUUGGUGAAUUUACAGAUUAGGUGGUACAAAACAAAUACUUGGUCUGUGGUGCACCUGCCCUUCUUAAAUCCUGCUUGUUCUUCAUGGAUGACGGCUUGUUUGCUGUCCCAUUCCAAAAUUUUAUUUAGUAGAUAUCAUAAGUAUAAUUUAGAAGUCACACCUAGGAGACUAAUGCCCUACCCUUUUGGGGGGGGGGGGCUUAGCACGACUAUGCUGGUGCGCCACCCCGCAGGGAUAUCUCCAGUCAUGUUUAUGUGAGUAAAUAGUUGGGCCAAAAUUGGGGCCCCCAUUUUUUACCACCAGAGGAGAAUAUCUCAGGAGGGAUCAUAUCUUCUCAUGACAUAUCAGUUCUCCAAUCUCCAUAGUGUAAACAGGUGGCCAGUCAGGGAGGUUCAAAGAAUUUUCUGGCCUGUAAGGGAUUAAGUUCAUUUCACUGCCAUAGAUAUCACUAAAGUGGGUCACCCAUAUGAGGGGUACAAGCCCAAAGGGUUUGUCCGAUAGGCCUCCUUAAACUAGGCUCCAAAACUCAGCUCCGUUCCCAUCAAUGAGAGCAAGGCUGGGAGAUUUCCAGCUAUUUUCACAAUAUGCCCCCCUUUUCUCCCUUUGAUAAGGGAGACGCCAGAAGGUGAUAUCGCGGCCUGGGGUGCAAAAUACCCUAGCACCAGCCCUGCUUGUAAGUAUGCUUAAAGCUAUUUACUCUCAGGUCCCAAGACUGCAGUAUUUCGGCUGAUGUUGGUUAUGAUGCUUGGCUAGGAGACAGCAGAGGUAACACCUGGUUCAGCAAACACAUGAGAUAUACUGUGGAACAACAAGAAUUCUGGCUAUUCAAGGUAGAGUGAGCUUUCUAAACUCUAUUACUUGGUUCUGGAUCCUAGUUUUCCCUUUGGAGAGUUUAAUCAGCCAUGCUCUUCCUAAUCCACUUGUGCUUAAGGAAUGCAGAAAAUCCAUUGUGGAUGUUAACCAAAAUGAUUCAGUUGUACUGGGUGCUGAGUUUCUGGGGUGCUACAAUGACAACGUCCAACAGAAGGCAAGAGGUGGUAGGUGGGUGUGCUGGGUUUUGGUGAAAUUUGAGGUGCCAAGGUCUGCCACUGCAGCUACCUGUUGGUUGGUGGUUUGUACUCUCAGCUGUUAUGCUAAACUAGUUUUUGCAUCUUGACCAACCUUUAAAAACACACAGUCUUAUCUAUGCUCACUUGCUUGGAAGAAUUUCAUAUUAACACUCAAUGGACUGACUUCUGAGUAGGUUGGAAGUUGAGCAAGGGACAAUCCAACUACAUCAUUACUUGGCAUUUCCCCCUCCUAUCAGGUAGGUGUUGCUUGUAAUUGAGAAACAAUGGCAACCUAUUUAAGCCAUCUGUAAUGACACUUGCUUUAAUCUAGCUCUGUGGUGCAGGAGUCGUAUAUCUGUGCUGGAAUAUGGAUUUGUUUCCAUGCAGAUCAAGGAUGUGGCUCUUCAUAAUGGGGGCAGGCCUUGUCCUAGUCCUUCUUACUUCAGAAAUAUUUUUGAAAAGAAGAAAACUAAAUCCAGAAGCUACUAUGAAUAUUAGUGAAAUUAUUUCUUUCAGAGGAUAUCCCAGUGAGGAAUAUGAAGUGGUGACAGAUGAUGGUUAUAUUCUGAGUAUUAACAGAAUUCCUCAUGGGAAAAGAAAUCAGUCAAACAAGGAUCCGAAGCCCGUAGUGUUUCUGCAACAUGGCAUGUUUUGCACUGGCAGUAAGUGGGUGGCAAAUCUGGACAACAACAGCCUGGGCUUCAUACUGGCUGAUGCUGGCUAUGAUGUUUGGCUAGGAAACAGUAGAGGGAACACCUGGUCCAUCAAGCACAUCAACUAUACUGUGGAGCAAGAAGAAUUCUGGCUAUUCAGUCAUGAUGAAAUGGCUAAAUAUGACCUUCCAGCUUCCAUAAAUUUUAUCCUGAACAAAACCGGACAGGAGAAAUUAUUUUAUAUUGGUCAUUCCCAGGGCACCACAAUGGCAUUCAUUGCAUUUUCAAUCAUGCCGCAGCUCGCCCAGAAGAUAAAAAUAUUCUUUGGAUUGGCACCACAAGUCACCGUGAGCUAUUUUUCCAACCCAGCAUUGGUGUUGGUCCUUGGGUUAUCUGAACACAGGCUCAAAGGAAUAUUUGGAGCUAAACAGCUGUUUCCUCAAAGCAAAUUUGUUAAAUGGAUGGCUACUCGUGUGUGUAACCGUUUCUUAAUUGAUUAUCUCUGUAGCUCUAUUAUCCACCUAGCAACUGGCUUUAAUAUGAAAAAUCAAAAUAUGAGUCGUAGUGAUGUGUAUCUAUCACACUGGCCAGCUGGGAUAUCGGUUCAGAACAUGCUUCACUGGGCUCAGGGUUUUAAGAGUGGGAGGUUCAAAGGCUUUGACUGGGGUAGCAAGGAAGAAAACAUGGCUCGCCACAAUCAGGAAACAGCACCUUCCUAUGAAAUUAAACAAAUGACUGUUCCAACAGCUCUCUGGAAUGGUGGAAAUGACUGGCUUUCAACCCCAAAGAAUAUUGCCCGGUGGCUGCCUCAGGUGUCAAACUUAGUUUACCACAAGUUUAUUCCUGACUGGCAACACACGGAUUUCUUCUUGGGCCUUGAUGCACCACAGCACUUGUAUGAAGAGAUAAUUGAGCUUAUGCAGAAUUAUGAGUGAGUUUGUGAUCCUGAAAUAGUCCUCCAAGAAACCAUCCCCAUCAGUCUAUGAUGAUGAUGACAUCAACAACUACUACAUUUUUUUUAAAAAAAAUCACCUUGGAAAGAAAUCCCUAUGUUUGUUCACACAAAACAAUCCCUUUGGAAAUAACAUUUUUGAACUGCUUAUCAUUAUUUAAAUCCGCGCAUUUUGAAUGGAGGUGUUGAGGCAUAACUCAAGUGACUUCUCAUCACAGUAGUCAUGAAGAAAGGAACUCUGAUCUUCCCAAAUUUUGUUAUGCAGUGUGGGGUGGAGACAAGUUCUUUGCUAACAUCUGUGGAAUUGACAAUAUGAAAACAUGCUUAGGAUGGCAAAUGAAGGUGUAAGAGCAAAACUGUCUAGGGAGAUAGUGAAGUGGUUAUAUUUGAAACAGGAAGAUGUUAGAUAUACUGUAGAAUUGUGAAUGCUUUUUGGAUAAAUGUGUUUAUCAUUGCUUAUCAUUCCUAGUCUCCAAGUAUUCUAUUCUAUCAACUAUAUUUCUCACAUUAUCUUUCAUUUGUCAACCAGGAAGAAAGCCUCCUUGAUCUUUAUGAAGCAUUUCAUUCGAAACAUAUUUCAUUCUAUUUGCUAGAAUGUCUGCAAAUAAUUUGUAAUCAUUAUUUAGUAAUGAAAUCGGUCAGUAAUUCUUGACAUUCAAUCGGUUUGUAUCUUGCUUAGGAAUCAAAGUAAUAUACGCUUCUUUCCAGGUAUUUGGGAUUUGUCCCUUAAUCAAUAUAUUAUUCAUAACCUCCAGCAACAGUGGUGUCAGUUGUUCACCAGGUGUUUUGUAAUAUUUUGCAGUAAAACCAUCAGGUCCUGUCACUUUCUCUAAUUUCAUAGAUUUUAUUGCCAUUUGGAUUCCCAACGCCGUUAUUUAUGAAUUUAAAUGUUCUUUUUUCUCUAAUGAAAUUUGUUUUAAUUUAUAUUUUUCUAAAUAUCUCUCAAUUUCCCUUUUAUUUCCCUUCUCCCUCCUAUACAAAUCUUUAUAAAAUUUCUGAAAAGUCUUUCUGAUUUCUUUAGGAUCUUCUGUCAAUAUAUCUCCUAUAUUUAUUUUAUUUAUUGUAUUUUGACUCUGACGCUUUCUUAGCUGCCACGCUAGUAAUUUGCCAGUUUUAUUAGCAGAUUCAAAAUUCUUUUGUCUCAUUAAUUUUAUAUUCCACUCCUGAUUCACAAUCAUGGAAAACUGAGUUUGCAAUAUCUUAAUAUUUUGUCCCCGCAUGUCCAAUAAGGUGGAAUCUGUUAUUCAUAUUCUUUUAUUUUGUGAACUCUAUAGUGAAGAACGAACGUGACUUAUUUUACCCCUAUUAUCAAAAUUCACACCCUUGCAAUAUUAUCUGGAAUUUUCCUCCGAAACAUUACGUAAAUUCAUUUUGGAAGAUUCUCUGAGCCCAGUAUCCUACGCUGUGGCCAAAUUUUGCACCUUAGCUAUUAAAAAAUUGUAAGGGUGACUCCCUACAGGGAGCCAGCCCCCAUCAUCCCAAUGUCCACCUCGCUAAGCACAGGGAGUAGCAGUGGGUCUGAAGCAGCCGGGGGGGGGG